AUGGCACAGCAAGGAAAUGUUGGGGAGCUGCUCUCAAUGCUGGAUUCUCCGAUUCUGGGUGUCCUGGAAGAUGUAACAGCUGCAUUCAAAGAUAAUCUCCUUUGUGACCGUGGGCCUAUGCUUGUGAACAACCUGGUGGACUAUUACUUGGAAACCAAUUCUCAGCAGGCGCUGCAUAUACUGUCCACGCUGCAAGAGCCUCAUGACAAGCAUCUACUGGACAAAAUUAAUGAAUAUAUGGGCAAAGCUGCUACCCGUUUACCCACUCUCUCUCUGCUGGGACACGUGAUAAGGCGACAGCCGUCUUGGAAACACAAGCUUUCUCAAGCACCUCUCCUGCUUUCAUUACUUAAAUGUCUCAAGACUGACACAGAUGUAGUAGUACUCACCACAGGUGUCCUAGUGCUAAUAACCAUGUUGCCAAUGAUUCCUCAGUCUGGCAAACAGUACCUUCAUGAUUUCUUUGGUAUCUUUGGGCGUCUCUCAGCCUGGUGCUUGCAGAAUCCAGGUCACGUGGCAGAGAUUUAUCUUGUCCAUCUUCAUGCCAGCGUCUAUGCUCUCUUUCAUCGUCUUUAUGGAAUGUAUCCGUGCAAUUUUGUCUCCUUUCUGCGUUCUCACUACAGUAUGAAGGAAAACUUGGAGACCUUUGAAGAGGUAGUCAAGCCAAUGAUGGAACAUGUGCGAAUUCAUCCAGAAUUAGUGACUGGAUCUAAGGACCAUGAACUGGACCCACGAAGGUGGAAAAGACUAGAAACUCAUGAUGUUGUGAUAGAAUGUGCCAAAAUCUCCCUGGACCCUGCAGAAGCCUCCUAUGAAGAUGGCUAUUACUCUGUGUCUCGGAAACUCUGCACAAGCUUAAAACAUCAUCAAACUGACCCCAGUGCCAGCUAUUACAUUGACACACAGAGCAGCUAUGGGACUUCUACCCCGUAUUCCACUCCUCGGCUAACACUAUCACAAAUGCCAGGGCAGCUACCUCAGAUUCUGAGCCCGCAGUCAGUACGGCUGUCAACUGAGCCGCAGCAGGUUAGCAUCUGGAGUCCUUCUGCAGUUUGUGGUAUGACCACUCCACCAACCUCCCCUGGAAUUGUCCCGUCGGAGUCAUCCCAGUCUGCAUCACAACCUUACAGCAAAGCUUUUGGCACAUCUACAGGGGGGAAAGGAACACCUUUGGGAACACCAGCCACAUCUCCGCCUCCGCCCUGCGCUUCAGAUGACUUUGUGCAUGUUUCACUCCCUUCAGCUGCUGCCACACCUCCUAAAAAGGAGGACAAACCAGAUCCUGGGAGGCCUUUACUGUACCGACAGCAAAAUGUCAUGAACAGUGAUAAAUCAUUGGACACACCUGGUAGUAAAAGUUCAGUAACCUUAAGUGAUCUGCCAGAGUUCUUAGGUGGUUUGUCUUUUGAAGAUAGUGCUGAAAAGGACAGAGAGGAAGAUGCAAUAUCUAAAGAGAUCUCCGAGAUCACAACCGAUGCUGAACACAUGGUGCCUAGAGGAGGAUUUGACUCUCCGUUUUAUCGCACAAAUGAAAGUCUGUCAGGCCCUCAGAAGAAGACCCACUCAGUAGUCUCCAGUGUUCAGGGACACAGUCAGACCUCUGAGCCUUUAACGUCUUCUCUGGACAAGCCUGGGCCUGAGAGUGCGCGGGAAACCCCCAAACAAACGUUUACUCCCAUAGACAAGCCCUGUGGAGGCUCUGGUGAAAGCCCUGCUGGUAACAGGGAAGGAACCUCUGGGGAGACGAGUAUCCUCACUCCCAGCCCUUGCAAAGUACCAGCACAAAGAAGAGUGGUGUUUGGGAGUGGGCAGCCUCCCCUCUAUGAGCACCUUUUUGAGGUUGCGUUACCAAAGACUGCCUACCUCUUUGUUGGCAAGAAGACUGAGGAGCUGCUAAAGAAAGCCAAGGGAACCCAGGAUGACGACUGCAUGUCCUCUACUUCUCCCGUGGAAGUACUGGACAGGCUGAUCCAGCAAGGAGCGGAUGCACACACUAAGGAGCUGAACAAGUUGUCUCUGCCAAGCAAAUCUGCUGACUGGACUCACUUUGGAGGUUCUCCCCCUUCAGAUGAGAUUCAUACCCUGCGUAACCAAUUGCUUUUGCUGCACAACCAGUUACUGUAUGAGCGCUUCAAAAGACAGCAGCACGCCCUCCGGAACCGGCGGCUCUUGCGAAAAGUGAUUAAGGCAACAGCACUGGAAGAACAUAAUGCUGCCAUGAAAGAUCAGCUGAAACUACAGGAAAAAGAAAUCCAGGCCUUGAAACUGAGUCUGCAGAAAGAACAGGCAAGGUACCACCAGUUUCAGGAGGAACAUGAGAAUAUAGUGGCUCAGCUUCACAGCCAGAUCAGACAGCUGCAACACGACCGGGAGGAAUUCUACAACCAGAGCCAGGAAUUGCAGACCAAGCUGGAAGACUGCCGGAACAUGAUUGCAGAUCUGAGGUUAGAAUUAAAGAAGGCUAACAACAAGGUGUGUCACACUGAACUGCUGCUCAGCCAAGUUUCUCAGAAGCUUUCCAACAGCGAAUCAGUGCAACAGCAGAUGGAGUUCUUGAACAGGCAGCUUCUGGUGCUUGGGGAGGUCAAUGAGUUGUACCUGGAGCAGCUGCAGCACAAGCACACAGACACUACAAAGGAGGUUGAAAUGUUGCACGCGGCUUUUCGGAAAGAACUGGAGAAAGCGAAAUUGUGUGUUCAACAGCAAAGCCAAAGGCUUGAUGCUUCCCAGAAACGGAUAGCUGAACUGGAAUCUCAGCUUGCUAAAAAGGACCACCUCUUCCUGGAACAAAAGAAAUACCUGGAAGAUGUCAAAAUCCAAGCAAGAGGUCAGCUGCAGGCAGUAGAAAGUAGGUACAAGGCCCAGAAGAGAAUCACACAGGCGUUUGAGCUGGAGAUCUUGGAUCUGUUUGGCCGGCUGGAGAAGAGCAGCCUGCUGAAAAAACUUGAAGAUGAAAAAACAGAAGCAGCUGAAGCAGCAGAAGAAAGGCUGGAUUGUGGUAAUGAAGAUACUGUGGUGGGAUACAGUGAAGAAACAAUUGGUACAAAUGGAGAGACCAAACCUCCCAGCACUCGAGGUAGUAGUAGCAGUAAGGGUGGCAGCAGCAGCGAGCUCUCCACCCCAGAAAAACCCCAGAACCAGAGAUUCAGCAGUCGCUGGGAGACAUCUGUGUUGCUGGAGCCCUCGUCUACUGUCCCACUGACUGUAGGUUCACUCCCCAGCUCCAAGAGCUUCCUUGGAAUGAAGGCCCGAGAGUUGUUUCGCAACAAAAGCGAGAGCCAGUGUGAUGAAGAGGGUGUAACUAUCAACAGGCUUUCUGAUGCUCUAAAGACUGAACUAUGUAAAGAUCCAAGCAUGGAGACAAAGGCCCCUCCAAGCCCCGAUAACCUUAGCCUCUCGCCUAAGAUCCAGGAAAGCAGUGUUGGACAGCUUCAUAUCAUGGACUACAAUGAAACUCAUCAUGACCACAGUUAA